GAAAUAUUAAUUAAGUAAUGUGUGUUGAGUGUAACCAGUUAAUGGUAUUUUUUACAUAUUUUUAUAAAUAAAAUACCAUUCGAAUGUGUUACAAAUGCGCGGUCGAUUUCGAACGCAAGUGCUCAAUGCGGAAGUUCACGAGCGGUAUUUCUCGUUCAACGUUCCAUAGAUAUGUGUUACAUUGUAACCUCUUGUCACCAGUAGCCUGGUAAUCAGCACUUUGAUGUGCUUCAUCAAGACGUGGUCUAGCGGGAUACAUCUUAACUGGUGUUUAACGAACAGAAGUUAACAAAAGUAGCUGGUACAUUCAAAAUGGCUUCCUCUCUGUCGCUUCCCUUUCCCUCUAAGUUCCUAUUUUUACGUCUGAAAAGUAAGUUAAGGGGACAACACACAAACCAUUAUUAAGUAUACUGUCGUGUUGGACCAAGUUUUGUUGUCUCAUAAUAUUGCUCUGUUAAGGCGCACAACUCAGCUAGGUGUCACGAACGUCUGUAUACACUCUUAAAACACCUUUGCUUGAAAAAUAUUACAUUGUUUGCUUCUUGAGACGCCGUAACAACAACAUAGCCAGCCACUUCCUCAAAAUAUUAAGAAUUAAUUGAAGAUAAAUCAAGAAAUCUGUAAUUAAUUUUGAUGCUUCGGUUUGGCUGGUGCCUAGUCAAAAAGAAACAAGUGUGCUUGCAUACUCUCUUGAGACUUUUGCUUGAAAAAUGAGAAAAGCAGCAAUAGUACUGUUUAUCCAUCUUGAGACGCUGUAGCCAGUAUACGCUUCCUCAAAAUAGUCAGAAUUCAUCUAAGAUAACUCAACAAAUCGGUCUUACAUAUUUAAGGUUAUGCUGAGGAGAUCUUAGUUGCUCAAUUUUACAUCUAACCAGUUGCAGUGCAUGGGUAAAAUCACUGGGGAAGCCCCCCCCCCCCCCAGAAGCCAUAUAACAACUUACACUGUUUGUUUAAUUGCGGUGUUUGCUGUUAAUUCAUAUGCUUUGUGACUGUUAUAUAUAGGCCUAAAGGCAUUGACAAUAAGAAGACAGUGGCAGAAUAAAUUCAACCACAUAUUUGUUUUAUAACAAAACCGGAUAACAACCUAUGUCCGGUGAAGUCAACCACAUAUUUCAUGUAACUUGUGAUUUACAUUAGUUAGUUACAUUAUGUCAGUUACAUGACCUACAGCAUGGUUAAGCAAGUUAAUGUUUCCAAAAUUUUUGGACCACUAAACUAUUGAUUUGGAACCACAGUGUUACCACAAGUCACAAAGAAAACAGGAGCUGCCUCCACUAUUCCAGCACCAUUUUAACUUCAACAUUUCAACAUCAUCAAAUCCCUUCUGCUUAGUCUAAUACAGUGACAACUAAAAGAUACCAAAAAACAAUUUAGUCCAAUCAACAUCAGCUACAUAUGAUGUGGCUGUCCAUGGUUCUGAUUUCUGUUUGUGCACGCGUCUGCGCACGUGCGUUGUGCAAGUAGAAAAAUAUGUUGACUCACACUACUUGUAGAGAAACGCCAAUGUCAUCCUCCUCUUUUUCAUGAUGAAACAGUAUAUCACUUUGUCAUACAGUACACGCUUGUAUUUUUUGUUGUCCUAGGCUAGCCUUCUACAUCUAGCUACUGUACAUAUUGAACUUUGAUCCUCUCGGGCCAGGGGCACAACAAUGUAUGAAUUAAAGGUUGGAUCACAAUCGCCAUUAUAAUCAUUGGCCAGUACGGAGAAUUAAGUAAAACCACAAGUCCAAAUCCCUAUAAAGGUUAAAUAAUAAUAACAAACUAUUAAACAUCUCGAUCCAUGGCUAAUUUAGGGAAGGGUCAAUUUUAGCUACCUAGCCACCGGAAGACAACAACACAAUGAGAUGCAACAAUUCAAGUUGUUUCUGUUAAUGACGUAUGCUCAAAGGGAUUUGAUAGGAAAGAAGCCAAAUCCAAGCUGGCUUCCCUUGACACUUAAUUUUAUUUUUUUUUUUCGCCAGGACCAUUCACAGUUGAGCUUGCUAGUUUAGCUUAACGCUGAUUGGCUAAUCUGUUUCGCUCACUCGGAUGCUUUCUCCUGUGAGAUACAUUCAGCCUCUUGCGAAUUGAAGGAAAAUAAUGAAACAGAGAGAUGAAAGAUAAAUAAUUUGAUGUUAUAUUUCUGAAGGGGGGUUACAUUUUUAGGGGAAGCCUGGCUUCCCUUGGCGUCAAUGAAUACACACCACUGUAUCUAACUAAGAUGUUUAAUGCAGUAUUUCUCAUCUAUUGUAGAAAGACAAACACUUCAUUGAAGAAUCCCUACUGUUGACCAAUGACCGACGAAAGGGUUUAGACUUCGGCUACCGAAGUUCAGCUUGCCUGGACAAUUGUUUUUUGUGCACGAACAGCCAAAAAAACCUUGCCGAAGACCAAAACUAACAAAAACGUCCCAAAAUGUCAUAAUCCAGUGCAUUCGGAAAGUAUUCAGACCCCUUGACGGUUUCCACAUUGUUACGUUACAGCCUUAUUCGAAAAUGGAUUAAAGAAAUAAAAAAUCCUCAAUCUACACACAAUACCCUAUAAUGACAAAGCAAAAGCAGUUUUUUAGAAAAGUUUGCAAAUUUAUUAAAAAUAAAAAACGGAUACCUUAUUUAUAUAAGUAUUCAGACCCUUUGCUAUGAGACUCGAAAUUGAGCUCAGAUGAAUCCUGUUUCCAUUGAUCUACAACUUGAUUGGAGUCCACUUGUGGUAAAUUCAAUUGAUUGGACAUUAUUUGGAAAGGCACACACCUGUCUAUAUAAGGUCCCAAGGUUGACCAGUGCAUGUCAGAGCAAAAACCAAGCCAUGAGUUCGAAGAAAUUGUCCGUAGAGCUCCGAGACUGGGUUGAGUCAAGGCACAGAUCUGGUGAAGGGUACUAAACAUGUCUGCAUCAUUGAAGGUCCCCAAGAACACGGUGGCCUCCAUCAUUCUUAAAUGGAAGAAGUUUUAAACCACCAAGACUCUUCCUAGAGCUGGCCCCUGGUCAAACUGAGCAAUCGGGGUGAAGGGCAAUCGGGGUGAAGGCACCUAAGGACUCUCAGAUGGUCUGAUGAAACCAAGAUUGAACUCUUUGGCCUGAAUGCCAAGCGUCACGUAUGGAGGAAACCUGGCACCAACCCUACGGUGAAGCAUGGUGGUUGCAACAUCAUGCUGUGGGAAUGUUCUUCAGCGGCAGGGACUGGGAGACUAGUCAGGAUUGAGCGAAAGAUGAAUUAAGCAAAGUACAGCGAGAUCCUUGAUGAAAGCCUGCUCCAGACUUCAGACUUGGGCGAAAGUUCAACUUCCAAGUAGGACAACGACCCUAAGCACACAUCCAAGACAACGCAGGAGUGGCUUCGGGACAAGUCUCUGAAUGUCCUUGAGUGACCAAGCCAAUGCCUGGACUUGAACCCAGAGAGACCUGAAAAUAGCUGUGCAGCGACACUCCCCAUCCAACCUGACAGAGCUUGAGAGGAUCUGUGGAGAAGAAUGGGAGAAAAUCACCAAAUACAGGUGUGCCAAGCUUGUAGUGUCAUACCCAAGAAGACUUUAGUCUGUAAUUGCUGCCGAAGGUGCUUCAACAAAAUACUGAGUAAAUGGUCUGAAUACUUAUGUAAAUGUAAUAUUUCUGGGGAUUUAAAAAAUAUAUACAUUUACGAACAUUUCUAAAAAGUGUUUUUAUGUCAUAGGUUAUUGUGGGUAGAUUGAUGGAAAAAAAUAUUCAAGCCAUUUUAGAAUGAGGCGCGGUGCACUCUGAUGGGAAGCAUGCGGACACGUUUAGGCGGGCAAUUAAACAUUUUACUAAGAUUUUUGUGCUGUAUUUCUCAAGUGAAAAAAAAAAUGCAUAAACUAAAAACUAGUAGUCUCGUUGAAUGACAAACACUUAAUUUAAAAAUCCUGUCCCUAGUUCCCACUCCUGCUAGGAGUAGUACUGUUGACCAAUAAACGACGAAGGGGCGUAAAAUUCGGCUACCGAAGUUCGAACUGCAGCAAUAAUUUGUGUGCAUGAACAACCAGAAAAACACUGAAAAACGCCACAAAAAUGUGUCAUAUAUGCGAACUGUUUAGACAGGGAAGCAUGCGACAUUUACCCCGCUUCUAGUCUCACGUCGAUUAAUUUGUAUUUUUUUACUGCUAUUUUACUAUGUUCGCGUUCCCCUGCUCAGACAUUGCGUUCAUCAACCACUGAUUGUGUGCCACAUUAUCGACUGACAGAUUGCUAUAACAUAUGGUUAGCUGAUAAGUCAAAUACCUAUCCAGGCGUUGUAAGAUCUGGCAGGCGUCAGCAACGCCUGGGCAGAGGAAUGCGCUGAUUGUAGGCAGAGAGAGCGGUAGGUAGGCCUAUUCGUCAUCCGGCCGGCGAUGAAUCAGCAUUGUGACUGGCCAACAUGUACUCCAAGGGCACCAAACGCAAGUUCUCUGAUGGUGUGGACAACAAGGCGGUGGCAGCAUCCUAUAGCCUGCAGCGCCAGUCCCUGCUGGACAUGUCCCUGCUCAAGCUGCAGCUGUGCCACAUGCUAGCGGAGCCCAACCUGUGUCGCUCGGUGCUCAUCGCCAACACGGUGCGCCAGAUCCAGGAGGAGAUGGCCCACGACGGCAGCUGGCAGGUGGUCACAGAGGCCUUAGGUGGCUCUGGCCAUGGCCCAUCUGACCGCUUGGUGGACACCGAGGUUCUGUGCCAGUCGCCGGAGCAGCAGGACGGUGGGCCUAAGCUCUACUCAGUGAUGGGCUACGACGGCUGCCGUGAGGAGGAAGUGGUGACGGACAAGGCACUGUGUUCUGUGGUUGUUGGCGACAGGUCCCAGGCCCUCCUGUUGGGGACCAUUGGCCACUGCUGGGACAGGGGGGAACUGAGAGUGGAGGAUGGGGUCAGCAAAGACUCAGGUACGGGGGACGAGGAGGGGACGAGGUCUGGGGAGGGGGCUAAAUUGGCAACGGGGCAGGUGUUUGGGACGUUCGAGAUCAAGAACGGUGCCCCCGGGUCAGACCCGGCACUAGAGGAGCUGUUCUCUGACGUUGAUGCCUCGUAUUAUGACUUGGACACCAUGCUGACAGGCAUGCAGAGUGCCCCCAAGAUGGGGCCUUACGACUUUCUGGACAGCUUGGCCUCCUCACACGGCCCUGUGUCCAACUCCAGCUGUAGAGCCGAUCUCAAUGAACUUGACCACAUUAUGGAGAUCAUUGUGGGCUCAUAGCUUACAGACUUAAAACUCGAAUACUGUUUCAUUGAUCUUGUGCCACUGCCUUUUUGUCUUGUAUGUGCAAACAUACAGUAUUUACACGCUUUCCUCUGUAUGGAAACUGAGUGAAAUCCAUCUCCGUGCAAUGAAAUGUUCAUCUGAAAAGGUUCACGCUUUCUCAAGUUCACCAUCCUUUUUCUUAUGUAUACUUUCUUUAUGUUUGUAUUUGUGUGUUCUCUCUUCUGUUUUUUUUAAUGUAGUUUCUGGUUUAAUUUAUUGUACUUAUUACACUACAUCAAUUCAGAGCAGCACAACAUAUUUACAUGAACUAUACAUAUUUUCUUUAAAAAUAUAUAUAAUAUUGUUAAAACGUUUCUGUAUAAAUAUACACACAUAUUUUUUUACUUGAGAGACAGUCUGGGAAUUGUUCCAGACUGUCUUUUUUUUCUAUAUUUCUAAAUACACAACAAUUGCACAAAAGCUCAGUGUGAUUGGGACUGAUUUACCUGUUGUCUUCCAAAGGUUUAACUUUGGUUGUGUCUUUGAGCUACAAGAGUAAAGAUGCAUUGUCGAAAACAUGAAUUGCGUUCAGUAUGCUCACAAUGUGAUGCACCCUUGUCUUGGUCUAUGGUUUGGUGCUACAGUAUAUGCACCGUGUACAGUAUUCCUUAUAAACACAUUGCCUUCUUGAGCCAUACAGUUCGUUCUUGCACCACGGCUAGCUUAACCUCACAGCCUAGCAUGUGGUGCCAUUUGUUUGCUAUUAGAAAUAACGUACAUUCUUAUAUUUGUCUCAUUACAAAUGAAGAAUUGUAAUGGGUAUAUUUCUCAUUUUAUGUUAUGACUUUUAGCCUAUUUUAUUUAUUAAGUGCAAACAUAUGGUGGUGUUAAACCUUGGUAAUACUUAAGGUUGUAGAAGCUUUUCAGCUUUCUGACAUGAAUUGAUAUUUUGGAAUCAUAAUGAGUUUCCGGACUUUCAUGCAUACCUUUAGUGAAGUAAUUACUUUCUUAUUCAAAACAAACUGAGAACAUGUAAAGAAUUGUGCUAUUCAGCUGACUUAUUCCAACAAAAUAAUGUCUUUUUUUUAUCACGUUCAAAGCCUGCACUCAGGCACAAGAUAAUAUUGUGAGUAAACAACUGAUUGCUGAUUAAACAGACAUGUGGAAGAUCUCACAUUUCCUUUUUAUAAAUAAGUACUGUACGUUUGACAUUUGUGACCAUGAGCUAGAGUAAAUUUAGCUUUUUUUUAUACAGGUAAACUGUAGCAGUUUUUACAAUUUUUAAUAAAGGUUACAACAUUAUAGUAAUAUGAA